GCGCCAUUGAGCCGAAGAGGAGGCGGAGGAGGAGAAGGCGAACAAAGAGAGCGGGAGCCGGUGGGAGGAAGGGGCUUCUUCGGAGGGCCAUGCUUCCCGGGAGCAGGAGCAGGAGAAGGAGGCCGCCCCGCAGCAGGGGCCGCUUCCCUGGGAAGGCCGGCUGAAGGAGGAGGAGAAGAAGGAGAAGCAGGGCGGCUGGGAUGGCUUCGUCGUCGUCGGCGCCGGGUCCCUCUUCGGGGCUGAGCUACUCCCCUCCCUGGUGGGUCAGCCUCCUCCACCGCCUGCCCCACUUCGACCUCCGCUGGGAGGCUGUCGAUGACCAGUUCAGGCCCCAAGACACCAACUACCAGCAGGCCCUGUUGUUAUUGGGCGGCGUUGCCCUCUCCUGCCUUGCUCUGGAUCUCCUCUUCCUCCUUUUUUAUUCCUUCUGGUUGUGUUGUCGCCACCGGAAAAGUGAAGAGUUGAAUGCGGAUUGUUGUUGUACAGCCUGGUGUGUCAUCAUUGCAACUCUAGUAUGCAGUGCUGGCAUUGCUGUUGGCUUCUAUGGAAAUGGGGAGACCAGUGAUGGCAUUCAUCGGCUGACAUAUUCCUUACGACAUGCCAAUCGCACGGUUGCCGGGGUCCAAGACAGGGUGUAUGACACUGCGGUUGCUCUGAACAAAACAGCAGAGCCUUACUUGGGGGACCUUGAGGUAAUGUUCGCCAAGCAGACAGAUUACCUACAUGUGGUCCAAAAACUCCAGGGACUCUUGGAUGAGCUGGUGAGGCAGACAACAGAAAUUCCUUUCUGGAAGAAUGAUGAGGUCUCAUUAGAAGAUCUGGCCGUUCGCAUUGAUCUGUAUGACUGGUACAGAUGGCUAGGAUACCUGGGCCUGCUCAUGUUCCACGUCUUGAUCUGUUUGCUGGUGCUGUUUGGACUAAUUAGAAACUCAAAGGGCAUUCUUAUAGGAGUUUGUCUUCUAGGGGUUCUUGCCCUUGUUGUGAGCUGGGCUUCCCUGGGUCUGGAGCUAGCUGUUGCUGUGGGUUCCAGUGAUUUUUGUGUUAACCCUGAUGCCUACAUCUCCAAAGUGGCAGAGGAUAAUGCAGUGCUCACUACUGAUACUCUGAAUUAUUAUCUUGCUUGCAGUGCUGGCUACCCAAAUCCCUUUCAGCAGAAGCUAUCAGGAAGCCACAAAGCCCUGGUUGAAAUGCAGGAUGAAGUGCUGGAGCUCAUGAAAUCUGCAGUCAAGGAAUACCCCACUUCUAAGGAGUAUCUUAAUCGUGUCCAGGAAGUUCUGAACUCCACAGAAAUCAACCUGCAGCAUCUCACUGCCUUGGUGGACUGUCGGAGUCUACAUUUGGACUACGUCCAAGCUCUGACGGGCUUCUGCUAUGAUGGUGUGGAAGGGCUUAUAUACUUGGUUCUCUUCUCCUUUGUCACAGCCCUCAUGUUCAGCUCCAUCGUGUGCAGUGUUCCACAUACCUGGCAGCAGAAAAGGAACUCAGAUGAAGAUGGAGAGGAUGAAUCUACAGCUCAAGGGAACAGGCAAACACAUGACAACUUGUACAGAGUUCACAUGCCUAGCCUUUAUAGCUGCGGGAGCAGUUAUGGCAGCGAGACCAGCAUUCCAGCAGCAGCACAUACAGUCAGUAAUGCUCCUGUCACAGAGUACAUGAGCCAGAAUGCAAACUUCCAGAAUCCCCGCUGUGAGAAUACGCCUUUGAUUGGCCGGGAAUCUCCACCUCCCUCUUACACCUCCAGCAUGAGAGCCAAAUACCUCGCCACCAACCAGCCUCGGCCGGACUCGGGCAGCGUGCAUUAAAAACUCAGACGUGUUUAAGCGAAACAAAACAAAAAUGGAAGAAAAUGUGCCAACUGCUGCCAUCCUGCAAUGUCCUCGCAGAUCAGCCCUGCUUUCCCUGCCCUGAAUCCAGCUCAGUUGUUUUUCCAGCUUCUCUUCCCCUCUGGCCUGGUACACAUCUGCUUGGGGCCACCCUUGAUGGAAGCUUACUACAGAUCAUCUCUGCUUACUUGCACCUGUGUGUGUGUGGAGAAAGAGAGAGAGAGAAACGAAUACGCAUGCAUGCACACACAUGCAAGAGAUUCACCCGUUCUUCUGUGUUGCCCCAUUGUGUAUGGAACCGGCUCUUGUGGACAGCUAGUCAGGAAAUUGCAAUCUGUUUCUUCUCUCCUCCUCGGGAUUCUCUUUCCAAUCCAUAGAGGAUAAAAAUGACCUGGUGAGUCAGUCACACGGAAGUGCUGUGGAUAUUGCUAAUCUAAGGAAGCCAUCUUUAAUGCGCACACUGUCAUGAAGCUCAAAAUGCUCCUGACUGUUUCUGCACCUCUCUCUGUGCUACUCUUGAAAAGUCUUUUUGCCAGCCUUGGUAAAUUUCCUACCUGGAAUCUGGGAAGCCAUUUGUUCCUUCCAUUUGAGAAUGUGAAGGCCUGCUGAUCCAAUCUUCCUCUUCUGUAGCUAUUGGAUACCUCCAAUACAACAUUACUUCUUUCUUUUUGCACCUGGGUCUAAACUCCUGGGGAGAAUGCGAAGGCUUCCUGUACCAGCUACUCUACAUGUUUGUGUGUGUAUGAACCAACCAAACACACACAUCCACUGGUUGCACUAUACCUGCCUUUUGUGCUAUACUAGCCAAGCUGUCAGCAGACAUCCUUUGAGAUACAGUCUUGAAACUGGAACCAGCAAUUUUUUUCUGGUGCCAAGAUAUUUUGUGGGGUGGCAAGAGAGAGAGAGA